GUUUAUUCUAGGUUUAAAUCUAUAAUUUAAAAAUUGCCUAUCCAUUAUUAAAGAUCUCCUUUCUAAAAAGAAAACGACUUAAAAAAGAAUAUAUCAUUAUUUUAAAAAGGUUUUAUUGAUUACUUUUUGAACAAUAGAAAAAUUAAAUUUCAGAUUAAUCAAUAGUGUAAUUUUUAAAUGUGAAAAAUAUAAACAUGACAGUGUUUCAGGUACUUUUAUAUUUUAAAUAAAAGGCUAUCAAAUAAGUAGUGAUACCAAACGAAAAAUUUAAUUCAAAAAAGGGAGCAAUUAAACCUAAAUUAUUGCUAAAAAAUCAAUACUAUAUUGUUUAUAGUUUAUGAGAAUAUUACUAGAACAAAAUUAUAUUAGAGUUGCAUUUCUUGUGCUAAUUCUAUUUGAGUUAGAUUUAACACUGAAUGGCC